AUGGUGUGUAGACCGGAAGACCAAGAACCAGCCAAAUGGCGUAGCAGCGAAUGGCAGGAACGUGACGUAUUGUCGGCGCCACUGAACUCACAGAUACAAGACUCGAAACUAUAUAGCCGAAUGUCCAACCAUCCAAUAGCGUUCAAAGACUUACAGUGCAAUGUGGUGAGCAGACAACAAAUUACAAUUCGCAACAUUACGGACAUUCCAUGUCGGUGUCUGUCGUCUGUCAAAAACUUUGGACUUUCAGCAAUUAAUAAUGAAUGUAGAGGAGAUAGAAUUCUAGAGCCUGAUGAAAUAUUAGAGUUGAUGAAAGCGUCGAACACUCAUUGUGUGGUUUGGCUGGAUGUUGUCAAUAGUGAACUGGCGGGCCAAGCCGAGUUUAUCUUAUCUGUGAGCGCGUUAGCCACAGUUUGGGGCGAGUACGAAGACGAGGUGUCGAUAGAGCUCCAUGCGGGCGACGAUGUGCUGCCGGCCAUUCGCAUACCCAUCGCAGUCUUGGCGGUCACGUACCCUGUAGAGUUUCCUCUGGCCACGCCACCCGGACCCGUCGCCACAGCUAGCUUUAGUUUGUAUUCAAUGAACACGUCGAUUCGGUUGAAGAUAAAAAAUAAAAGCGAAAUGCCGAUUCACGUAUCGUGGCUCUUGUACAAUAAAGGCGAAGCGAAUCAACCGUUUUCAGUAGUACUCGACAUGUUGACUCCAGAUUUUCCAGAUCCUUGGUCAUUUAGAAUAAUGCCUCACUACGGGUCGACGUCGCAGUAUUUUAAAGUAGAUCCUAUUACGUUGGUACUGGAACCGAAUGACGCAGAUUUUGUCACAUUUUCAUUGGAUCGAACUAAAGAAAUGUAUGUUAAACGUAACAGUAAUAAUAUUGUAUUUGGACAAGCAAUUGGCAUAGUGACUGCAGUAAAAUUUCCCGAAAAAAAUUGCAAUCGAGUCACUGGGUUCAAGAUGCCGCCGGUUACAGUAGAACUUCAGUCGGAAACAAGACAUUCGUUGCAGCCAAAUUUUCUUGUACGAGAACCGAAUAAUGUUUUCCAGGUCCAAGCCGUUCAAAUUUACCGCUCUCCGGAUUCGUAUCACAAAGUCACCCGGCGUUUCACCUUGUUGAACCUACUACGGUAUCCGGCGACAAUCUUCUUCGAAGCGGACAAACCUUUUUGCAUUAGCGCCGUGCGAACUUUAAGAUGCGGCACAAGAUCCGGAAACGCCGCGAUUCGCGUUAUCUACGAAGAUUUAAUUCGAGUCGAUAUAGACGCAGUGGUAACAGUGAAAAAUUGUAUAACUCCAAAAAUGCCGGCAAAUGGAACGUCGAGAAAAAUCGUUUUGUCCGGCUGUCUUUAUGCCAAGUGCAUAGAUUCUAUGACCACUCCUAGUAUUGUAUCUCCGUUUAAGGUGCACAUACACUUUCCGGUGCUAAAACUGUCGACGAAAAACAUUAAUUUCGGUCAAAUAGCCUUAAGGGACACCAAAAGCGAAACCGUAAAGCUAUCUUCUUAUUCAGGUGAAGAGCCUUUUCUGGCUUAUUCUGGAAAUGAUGUAUUUGAAAUUUCCCCUACUACAGGUACUGUUGACGUGAAGCUUCCAGUCGACCUGACAGUCAAGUUCACGCCAGGUGCUAUUUGCCACAUCACGGGCUAA